AAAAUUUACAUGCUAGAAAAUAAUUUCAACCAAAUCGGUUCAGUAGAUGCUGAGAAAAACUUACCACCAGUUGAAAAAAACAAAACAAGAAAAACGCUGUCAAUAUCGUAAUACUCAUUAUAUUUCAAUCCACGACAUGCAAAAUAUAUCUUCAAAUUCACCUUAAUUAAAAACCCAAAUACCUAAACACUUAACCUUACCCUAAACAUCCGAAAAACAAAUCACGAAAAAUUAUUAUUUUUCAACUUAUAGUCCUCCUUUAAGUUGACCAACACAAGCUAUAGCUAUAAAGUAUUGAUCUAAUUAUACGUUACCGACGAUCUGCUUAGUACUGUAAAUAUCUACAUGACCUAUAUUGUCCGGAAACUGAAAUUGAAUUAAUGUACAAAAUUGCGUUCAAUUGUUUACAACUACUGACGCGUCCGCCAGUCUGUGGCGUACGCCACGCAACCGUUACCGCUAAAGUUGCAACCUCUCUAUUGAUAAUCUUGACUGUGUACAUUCCAUUCAAAAACACACACCAAUACCAACGUCAUUUACUGUCAUUUUUGAUCUGGCACGUGAAACGAAGAAUAGUGUGUUUAGGAACGGUAAUUCAAAAAUAUUUUCAAAGUUCAACGUUAUUUUGAACAAUUUUAAAUUCAGUAUGAAACAUCUGCCAGUGUUAACAACCUCAACAUCGCAGUUUAGAGAAAUCCCAAAAACUCAAAACAAGAUUUUAGCGAGUCUUGGGGCCCCACAUGUUGAAUCGUUCAACUACAUGUUAGAGGAAGGCAUCGAUGAUGUGAUACGUAAUUUAGAACCAGUAGAGUUUGAGCUAGCCAACAAAAGCCGAAUUCGGCUGCGGAUCUCUAGUUGCUCAAUUGCGAAACCAACCGUUCCGAUCAGUCAAAUAAAUGUUAGCGAAAAACGAAUAUUUCCCUCGGAGUGCCGUCAACGAAGCGAAAACUACUGUGGGAUGUGUACAAUUGUGUUGGAUUGGGAGGUAGAUGGACAAACGAAACCACCGAUUACGCGGGAUGUUGGCCCGCUGCCAAUAAUGUUGCGAUCGAAUGCCUGCAACUUGUCCGGCAUGCGCCCGCGUGAACUGGUCGAACGUGGAGAGCAUGAAGAUGAAUGGGGUGGUCAUUUCAUCGUACAUGGUCUGGAAAAGCUGAUUAGAAUGUUGAUUAUGACUAGGAGAAAUUUUCCAAUCGCACUUAACCGGAAUUCCUGGAAAGAGCGCGGAAAGGAUUUCAGCAGCACCGGUGUGAUAAUACGAUGCGUACGGACAGAUCAAACUUCCACGCAAAAUGUGCUUCACUAUUUAACGAACGGAACGGCAAAGUUGAUGUUCUCAAUUCGAAAAUCGUUAACCUUUGUUCCGAUUGUCAUGCUACUGAAGGCUUUCUGCAGUUACACGGAUAAUGCAAUCUUUGAAAAGCUCACGGCAGGAUAUGAAGAUGAUCAAUAUUACAAACAUUGCAUCCAAAAUAUGCUACGCGAACUACACGAGGAGGGCAUCCACAAUCAAAAGGAGUGUAAAAAUUAUUUAGGAAAUGUGUUUCGCCACAAACUUUAUUUUCUACCACCGUGGUAUAGUAACGAAGAAAUCGCAAAUUACAUGCUGAAAACAUGUGUGUUAAUCCACUUAGAUAGCAAUACCGACAAAUUCAACCUGCUAGUGUUUAUGAUGCAAAAAUUAUUUACUGCUGCCCAAGGGCGUUGCAAAACUGAAGGUGCUGAUAGUACUAUGAUGCAGGAGUUGCUUCUAGGGGGACAUCUCUAUCAGAAGUUACUGCGGGAGCAUUUGGUUUCAUUUCUAAACGGAAUGAAAUUUAAUAUAAUGAAACUUUGCAAUGAUACCGAUGAUCACAUUACGCAGAAUGAUGUAGUGAUGGCGUGUAAAAACACAGCUAAUUUCGAUCGUUCCUUUGGGAAUUUUCUAGCAACAGGAAAUUUACCAAAAUCAAAAGAAAUGGGUCUGAUGCAGGACUCUGGUUUGGUAAUUGUUGCCGAAAACAUCAAUCGCAUGAGGUACAUGUCACACUUUCGCGCAGUUCACCGCGGAUCAUUUUUCGUCACGAUGAGAACAACGGAAGCGAGGCAGUUGCUACCAGACGCUUGGGGUUUCAUUUGUCCUGUUCACACGCCUGAUGGAACUCCUUGCGGUUUAUUAAAUCAUUUGACCUCUGAUUGUCUUGUUUCUGGAAGUCCCAAUCCAGAGAAAGUGCGUAAUAUCGAAAAGCAUCUUACCCAACUCGGCAUGCUCCCAGUGAAUAGUUUUGCGUAUUACUCAGUAGGACCAAUUAAACGUAGCUAUCCAGUCAUGUUGGAGGGCAGAAUUAUAGGAAACAUUCAGCACAACAUCGCAUCUCAGGUGGUGCAAAAACUGCGUUUAAUGAAAAUCCAAGGCACGGAUAUCCCUGAUUCUACAGAAAUUGUACUAAUACCUCACAAAGAAGGUGGCCAGUAUCCUGGGUUGUACAUUUUUGUCGGAGCAGCUCGAAUGGUACGACCGGUCAUGAAUCUUAUUGCCAAAAAAGUCGAACUGGUAGGAACUUUUGAGCAAGUUUACAUGGACAUUUGUAUUACGCUGGAUGAAGCCUAUUCAGGAGUGACCACCCACAUGGAACUGUCGAAGACAUCUUUUCUCAGUAACCUAGCGCAACUUAUUCCUAUGCCUGAUUGCAAUCAGUCUCCUCGAAACAUGUACCAGUGCCAGAUGGGAAAACAAACUAUGGGAACUCCUUGUCACAACUGGCAACUACAAUGUAUUGCUAAAUUUUAUCGGUUGCAAACUCCGGCAACACCUUUGUUUCGACCUGUGCAUCACGAUAAUAUUGAUUUGGAUAACUAUGCGAUGGGAACAAAUGCUGUCGUAGCCGUCAUUUCAUAUACAGGAUACGAUAUGGAGGAUGCUAUGAUUAUAAAUAAGUCGGCAUUUGAACGUGGUUUUGCACAUGGAACGGUAUACAAAAAUGAAUUGAUCGAACUGAAAGGGGACAGUUAUUUUGCACGUGACCCCCACAAUGAACAUCUGAAAGCUUUACUGGAUAACGACGGGUUACCAUAUCGAAGUGCACUGUUGAGAUACAAAAAUCCACUUUAUUGUUAUUUCGACACCAACGAUCAUACAUAUCAUGUAGUGAAAUUCGAAGGCCACGAAGAAGCUAUUGUGGAUAAUAUCAAACUUUGUGGAUCGAUUUCCGGUAGCGCACCAAAACGAGCUGUCAUUACGUAUCGAAUCGUGCGGAAUCCAAACGUAGGAGAUAAGUUUGCUUCUAGAGCUGGACAAAAGGGUAUCUGUUCGCAAAAAUGGCCGGCGAUAGAUUUACCUUUUACCGAGUCCGGGAUGAUUCCGGAUAUCAUUUUUAACCCGCACGGUUUUCCAUCGCGAAUGACAAUUGCAAUGAUGAUUGAAACUAUGGCGGGUAAAACGGCUGCUUCGCAUGGUCUUGUGCAUGAUGCAACACCAUUUCGGUUCACCGAAAGCAAUACGGCGAUUGACUACUUUGGUCGUUUGCUAGAAGCCAGCGGCUACAACUAUUUCGGAACCGAGCGGAUGUACAGUGGCGUUGAUGGACGUGAAAUGAAGGCUGACAUCUUUUUUGGAAUUGUACAUUACCAGCGUCUACGUCAUAUGGUUUCCGACAAAUGGCAGGUCCGAUCGACCGGUCCGUUGGAUCAGCUAACGCAUCAACCAAAUAAGGGUCGUUCGCGAGGCGGUGGUGUUCGUUUCGGUGAAAUGGAACGAGAUGCUCUCAUUGCUCAUGGUGCAUCCUUCCUACUGCAGGAUCGUCUAUUUCACGGUUCAGAUAAAAUUACCACCUUGAUUUGCCGGGGUUGUGGAACUUUACUCGGUCCAAUUAGCAGCAUUACAAAAAGAGUGUCAUCAAACACGACGGAAACACAACGAAUGCCAGCGACCUGUCGGCUGUGUCAAAACGAUAAGGACAUUGGAUACGUAGAAAUUCCGUACAUAUUUAGGUUUCUAGUUUCACAGCUGACUGCUAUGAAUAUUAAUGUAAAGCUGGAACUAGCGACACCACAUGUUUGAGAUAUGAAAGAAGAUAAUAAAUAUCUUUUGCGU